AUGGAGGGAUCUGCGCCAAAGCGACGGCGUACAUCGCCGCGCACUUCUCUCAACAUCGGCGCAUCUGAAGAACCCGCGUCACCGCAAAGACGACGUCCCUCAUACGCAUCACCAACCAAAGCAAGCAUGUCACGAAAUAAUCCCGAUGCUUUUGAGCGCCGAAGAUCAAGAUCGCCACAGAAAUUACCAAGUGCUAGAGCUUCAGGCCAAUUCACUUUUGAUAGUCCUUCUGAAGCUCUGGCAGCGCGCUUGGCGACGAGUAGGAUUGUUAGCGAUGCUCCUACGCCUACGCGCCCUGAGGAAAUGACGCCUAGGUCGAUCAGACGUGUGGGAGGGGGAAUGGCUUCCGCUGCGAGGAGGACGCCGUCCAGGGCGAGUGCGAGAGCGGAGGAUGAUGAGUUUAAUCCUUUUCGGGGGAAGGUUUUGAGAAGAUCGCCGCAGGCUGGGAUUAGGAUGGAUCUUGAUGCGCCUUCUGCUUCGUUGCCGCAGCCUGAGUUGCCGCCUGCGAUUGAAGCGAGUUCACCUCCUGCGCCGCCUGCUUCUAUGCCGGAACCCCAGCUUGGAUUGCCUUCACAUGAGCCUAUGGUGGAGCCUGAGGAGAACACUCCUAUUCAGUCUGAGGAACUUGCGCCUGCGGAGGAGACGUCGCCAGCGAAAUCCGCAUCGCCAGCUGGAAGUCCGUCACCAGCACGGUCGUUUUCUUCAUAUAAUCUUGAGAUCCCGGCUCGGUCUUCAUCUCCGACCAGGUCGCCAGAGCCAGAAGUGGGAGAAGAACCAGAGGAAGAUCCAGAACCGGAGUCUGAGCAAGAAUCAGAGCCAGAACCGGAUGACGAGCCUGAGCCUGAUCCCGAACCAGAACGAGACUCCCCAAGUCCACCACCACCUUUACCAGAUUUCUCAUCCUCGCCCCCGCCAGCAUCAAUGCCACCACCGAGAAUACCACCAUUGGUUCAACCCAAUUCACAAGACGCUGCUCCAUCCGCUUCACAGCCAGUACCCAGACUACCAGCACGCGAUACAGGACCACGAAAGAGCUUCCAGAACAGUCCUGUCCGAUUCCGCGAGUUUUCACAACAACGAGACUCACCAUUAGCCAAACCACCAUCGCGUCUGUUGGAGAAGCCAAGGAAGAGUUUCGCUCAAGCCGGAUCAGCGCUCAGAGAGCAACCACCUGCUCAAGCCAGCGCUCCAGAGGUUAGACAGACUCGGGCCUUUGAUCCAGAUGCGGAGAAGAAGAAGGAGCGGGAUAGGAUUCAGAGGGAGAUCGAGGACUUGAAGAAGGACAUUGAAAUUGCGCGAAAAGAGAACGAGCGCAUUCGUUUGAUGCAACAGUCUGGUCGCACCCUUGCACCGACAAAUCCAGACGAGGUCAUCAGCCUAAUCGAGCGCCACCUGCUGUCUACUGGUACAGAACCACCCCAAACAGCAUCACAGCAGUUGUUACAAGCGGCGCUGAAUCCCGCUGCCCUUUUGCCUUUCAGCAAGCCUACAGCCCCAGCCUCCCGACCAUCAGUUGAAGAAAAGCAGCCUGAUAUCAAGUCACACCACCCUGUUGUCAUGACAGCGACAGAGGAGUUGCCCUAUCUUGAACUUUUCACUCCAUUCUCAAUGACAUCCAACACCUCCAUCCUACCAGAGGCUGACGGAGAACCAUUGAGGCAACAUUACUCCAUUACACUUCGAUCUCGCGAGAUACCGGGAAUCUUUACAGCCAAGAUUGAGAUGACAGUCAAUGCGACAGAGCUUACGGUUCUUGACCUCGACGUCACAGCCUUGGAACCAGCUGCAAAGUCUGAGCUCGGUCCUUUCAUUCAAAAGAUAUGCACAGGCGACUGCAACCGUUCUAUGCAACGCAAUAUCGGCAUCCUGUCGUGGGCCAUGGGUGAGUGGCUUCGAGUUGCGAUCGAUAGAGCAGGCUUUUGGUGCCAAUUGGAACAAAGUCUAGGCUCAAAGGACGGUGUAUCAGAGACUGCAGUUCGAAUGCGCUCAAAGAAAUACAGACGUAGGAGGGAAAGUGGUGAGGACUCGGAUGAGGACGAGCCAACAAACCUGGAAUCUGUCAAGAAAGCAGACCUCAUCCGCUAUUUGGGCCAGCAACACUUCGACAUAUCAAUUCCGUACGGUGAUGCAGAGGAGUCAGGCACAACGGUACGCCUUGAAUGGAAGACCGAGUUUGACUGGACUGGAGAAGCGCAAACCAGACUCUCAGUCUUGGUUGGCGCCCCAGGGAAAUGGCACCAAACAGACGAACGAGGAUCACUUGCAAAGAUCCCCAAACUUUUCGAAGAACUUGUACACGGACACGAAGAACCCGAAACAGCUGUACGAACAAUUGUAGCACUCAUUGCCGGCGAGCAAUCAUGA